GCUCUUGCAGAAGAGAGAGAGAAGAGAGAGAGAAGAGAGCGCAUCGCCAACAACAGGCUCUGCCCUUGGGCCCCUUCACCCCACGGAAAAAGGGCCCGGCGGGGAGAUGCGUCGCCGUGGGGUCCUUUUCGGAGCCUGGCUGGCCCUUCUCGCCGCACUCUCUGGCCCCGCUUGUGGCGAUGUCACCAACGAGAUCAGAGUAGAUGUCUGGAAGGACACCGUGACCCUCACCUGCCCCAAAGAAGGAGCGACCUUCCAGUAUAGGAAUCAGGAGCCUUCCAACCCCUUGACCCUCACGGAAGAGAGUGACCUGAGGAGACUUGAGCGUGGGGAAUGGUUCACUUGCGAAAGCAGCAAGAUCUUCCUGCAGGCCAAAGUUUGCGAGGACUGCGUGGAGCUGGGCCUCGGACUCCUGGCUGGAAUCAUCAUCUCGGACCUCCUCCUGACCCUGGGGGUCCUCUGCCUGGUCUACUUUUGCUGCAAGGACCGCAAGGCCCGCUUCCGGGGAGGAGACACCCAGGGGAAGCCUUCAGGACCAAAAGCGGACCACCCCCCACCCGUCCCAAACCCAGACUAUGAGCCCAUCCGGAAAGGCCAGCCCAUCUGGAAAGGCCUUCCUCACACCGAGGCCUCUCUCACACUGAGUGCUACUAAGCUACAGACACACCUGCUCUCGCAGUCCAUCUGGAAAGGCUUUUCUCACACUGAGGCCUCCCUCACACUGAAGCCUCCCUCACACUGAAGCUUCCCUCACACUGAGGCCUCCCUCACACUGAGGCCUCUCUCACACUGAGUGCUACUAAGCUACAGACACACCUGCUUAUACUGAACUGCAGCUUUUGCGGAGUUGUUGCAUCCAUUUAACCUUUUAGGGCUUGACUCACAUUUUUGUAAUUAAAAAUACCUCGUUAAUUUUGAAUAU